GAAUUAUCAAAAUCUAGUGCAGUGCAGUCAACAUGUUUCCCGCCACAGAAAUCACCCUCUCCGUACCCAUCACGUUCGACCUCGACGCCCUGCUCCAGAUCAAAAACAGCGACGACGCGCCCGAAAAACAAUACAUUGUCUCAACCACCAAGAAAGCAAUUCUUGCCGCCCUUCCCACCCGCAUCGACACUCAGAAAAACCCAAACCCUUACGUCCGCGAACCCACUUUCGACCUGCAUGUCCGCGGCAACCCCCUCCGCGUCCAACGCCUGACCCUCACCGUCGCGCCUUCAACUACGCUUAACGAACUCAUGAUGCUUAUUGAGGAUGAGACGCGCCUGCCGGCGAAGAGGCAGAGGAUUUUUUUAAGUGGACGGAUUAUUUGUGAUGGGGUUGGGGAUGAGGCGAAACAUCUUCCUGUUUGUCAUUUUGGUAUUGUGAAUGGGUUUACGAUUAAGGUCGUGGAACGGGUUGCUGGGAGAGAUGCGUGAGGGAGAGGAGUGGGAUGGGGUGGGAGGCGUUUUGAUAUUGGUUUUGUGCAUCUUUUCUGUAUGCAUCGCGAGGAGGUGGCUACGUCGGGUAUGGAUAUGGCGAUCGAGGAACACUACAGCGGAUCGUGAACAGUUGGCUGGAGUAUACUCCGAGGAUGAAUGGGAGUUCUGUGGAGAAGAAGACGAUUACGCUGGAGGAAAGGGUGAGACUUUUCGCGUGCAAAUAGUCUGGAAGUGCUCUCUCAUGCUGCUAGGUAAGGAGCAGAGAUUACAUCG